GAGGAUCAUGUGUAGCCCACGCGCCGAAACGAGGUUACAGUGAGCUGCAGCGCGAGAGCAGAGCAGAGCAAGAGCAAGAGCACAGAAGAGACAGACAGACACAGACAGACAGACAGACAGACAGGCGAGGAGGAGCAACUCUUAGACUAUUUGAUCACAACAGCACCUGCGAGCUAACACUUAGUCAGUAACAGAUUCACUCUGCUGCUGCUUCUUCUUCUUCUUCUUCUUCUUCUUCUUUUAGAACAGUUUGUGUUUGAAAAGAAAGGCGAAGAAACAACGUUGCAAGGAUUUGGUGUUGUGACAGUUUUCAGCUGCUCCGGUUUUGGAGCGAAUAAGUGCGACUUUCAGACUUUCUCUCGGUAUUUUUUCCACCUGGAGUUGCAUGACACGAAGAACAAGCUGAAACCUUUUCCCGCCGACAUGAGAGCUCAAAUCGAGGUGAUACCCUGUAAAAUCUGUGGGGACAAAUCGUCGGGGAUUCACUAUGGUGUCAUCACCUGUGAAGGCUGCAAGGGAUUCUUUCGACGCAGCCAGCAGAACAAUGCUAUGUACUCCUGCUCACGGCAGAGGAACUGUCUCAUUGACCGGACCAACCGUAACCGCUGUCAGCACUGCAGGUUGCAGAAGUGUCUUGCCCUGGGCAUGAGCCGUGAUGCGGUGAAGUUUGGCCGAAUGUCCAAAAAGCAGCGUGACAUCCUUAUUUCAGAGGUCCAGAAGCACCAGCAGUCGCAGGCAGGCAGUGGUGCCCGUGAGGAGAACUGUGACAUGACCGACGUCAGCUGCCCCUACAGAAGAGGCUCCAGCACCACACUUAGUGAUCUGGACGACAUCUCCACGCUGCCAGAAGGCCUUCUGUUCGACCUGCCACUCACCCCAGAGGACGCAGGCGGGGACUACUGUAACCUGGACAUGCUGUACGGCAGCGCAGGGAGCAGCUCGUCCUCUCAGAGUUCACCAGAACAGACCAACUUGGACUUUGUAGAGGGCAAACACAACAUCAAGCACGAGUAUCAGCUGUUGCAUGACUCUGGACUCUUCUCGCACGCUAUCCUCGACCUGCUGCCCGGCGGCUACUCGCUGCUCGAGAUAGAGCGUAUAACUCAGAGUGUGGUCAAGUCCCAUAUUGAGACGAGCCAGUACAGCACAGAGGAGCUGAAGAGAAUGGCGUGGACCUUGUAUAGCCCAGAAGAGACGCGCUCAUACCAGACCAAGUCAGCUGAGGUGAUGUGGCAACAAUGUGCCAUUCACAUCACCAAUGCAAUCCAGUAUGUGGUGGAGUUUGCCAAACGCAUCUCUGGCUUCAUGGAUCUGUGUCAAAACGAUCAGAUUAUUCUCCUCAAAGCAGGCUGCGUGGACGUCCUUCUGAUCCGCUUGUGUCGGGCGUACAACCCCAUCAAUAACACGCUGCUGUUUGACGGAAAGUUUGCCACUGCUCAGCUUUUCAGAGCUCUUGGCUGCGAUGAUCUUGUAAAUGCUGUGUUCGACUUCGCUAAGAACCUGAGCCGCAUACAGAUGUCAGAGGAGGACAUUGCUCUUUUCAGUGCCGCUGUGCUGCUCUCGCCAGACCGACCCUGGCUCACAGACGUCCAGAAGGUACAGAAGCUGCAGGACAAAGUCUACGUGGCUCUGCAGCGCUGUCUACAAAAAGAGGGAGCACCAGAAGAGAAGCUUGCAAAGAUGGUGUCUAGGCUUCCUGUAAUGAAGUCCAUCUGCAACCUCCACAUCGACAAGCUGGAGUUUUUCCACCUGGUUCACCCCGAGACAGCGUACACCUUCCCCCCUCUGUACAAGGAGGUAUUUGGCAGUGAAAUCAGCUUCCCAGACUCCACCGAGGGCUAGUGCCGUUUAGAUAAAUAGCUUGAAAAAUAUAGAAACACUGAGGUUAAGGGAGGAGAGACAUAGAAAAUGUGGCAACCAGCUGAGGCAAAAAACAACAACAACAACAAGAACCAGCAGCUCGACAAUCCUGAACGCUACACUUCAGGUCACGCUCCUCUCGCAUCCCAAACCUGUGGAGGAGCAUGCACUGCCCCUGCAGGCCAGUCCCUUCACCGUCAACACUACAUACACUGCUGCUGAGUAGUCAGUGCAUGUUACCUCUUUUUUUGUUUUAGGAGGUUGAAGAAUUGUUGAAAUGGCAGCCUGCAUUUGUAUUCUGGAAACAGUUUUACAACCUCUCAUCAAAUUGAAUUCCUUUCUAACGUCCAUCUGACAUUAAUUACAGUUUCUUUAAACUAUUGUUGAAUGUACCCACUUUUCCCUUUACCGUUCAGCACAACCUGAGACUCCACGUAGAAUGUACAUAUUUAAAAUCCUCAACCCACCUUGUGGAGGUUCUCAGUAACUGACCUGUCAGUUGUCAGCUUUUUUUUCUUUUUCUGUAUGUUCUUUUUUGGUAGUGCCCAUAUUUUGCAGUUUUGUAACAUGAGAACAAACUGUUUAAAGGGACCAUGAUCAAACUCACAUGCAGAGAGAUUUCCUUUUCUUUCUUUUUUUACUGUGUGAAUCCGGCAAACAUUUGGUGUCUGCUGCCAUUGCACACAGAGCGCAAGACAUAGCACUUAUGCUGAUCUUUGUAGGUAUUUUUACAAGUAUACACCUUGAGCUCUUUAUUUUUGUAAUGCAAUCAAUGACCUCAAUCCCAAGACCUUUUUCCCUUUGCAAAUGCCACUUCGAGAGAGACAGAGACAAAGAAACACAGAGGUGUUGUCAACGUAUUUUCAAAUAUAUAUAUGUAUAAAUAUAUACAUAUAUAUAUUUAACACCUAUAUAAUCAUGUAAAAUAAGAACAGUUGUGAAUUCAUGCAGAUUAAGGGAGAGGAGGAGUAAUGUCACACUCAGGUCUCUUAAACAGAAACUGCCUGCCUGUACUUUGGGGUACUGGGAUGGAACGAUUGUCACGCAGAAGAAAAUCUAGUAUUAUGGACAAUAACAAGCACUUAGGAGUCCACGGUAGAGUCCAAAACAAACUCUCGGCACACGAUUUUUACGGGUUCGCGCUCAAGACUGCCAUCUGUGAAAAUGUACCAGUCAGAAAUGCUAGAAAAUACCCACUGCUGACAAGCUGGAUGAACAAGGUGUUGGGUUUUCAAAGAGGAACUGUCCCGCCCAAACCCACAUGCAGCACAAAGAAGAGUUUCAUCGGCAAAACCUCGGACAUUGUCUCAAUGAGCAGAGUCAAAGCUGAAAAAGGACAUUUAAAUACAUGCUUGAAGAAGAGGGAGUGGACAGGCAUCUCACUCCUCACGCUCAGCUCUCACUGCUUUGGGGUCACACAGAUUAUGAUGUUUGUGAUUGGUGAAAUAAUCCUCUGUUCCUUAUUCCCCCCACUCCCUGACUACCUCACCCUCCUCAAACACUACACGGCACAGAGCCAUCAGCUACCCCCCUGAGUUAGUAUUUCUGCAUACAUAUGAGAGAGCUUGUUGUUUUAAAAAAUAUAACAAUUAGAGAUGAAAGUAGACAAGCAGUGAUGAUACAGUCUUGCCCUUAAAAACAGACAGAAGACAAAAUGGUGGAUCUGCUUUUCAAGGAAAACCUACAUAGAUAAGAUACAGUUCUUUUACUGGAGAUGUAGGAAAAGAAAUUGUACCAUGUUUAUGUCAAAUGACAUGUCCUACCAUAGCAUACCAUAGGUAUGAAAAAGAAAUAACACUGCUGUUAAUGAUUUCUAAAGACAAUCAGAAUGACCAUUGUUGAAUGAUAUUUCAGCCUGGUUUGCCUUGCACUGCUGGGACAGUGCUUUCCGUCAUACUUAAAAAAAGUCAUCUCAUAAAAUAGUGGCAUAGUGGGAUUGUGCAAUAAUGUCUUUCCCAUCGCUCCGAGUGUGUCGGGCCUUUCAGUUUCUAUCUUUCACAAGCACUCCAGCAGAGUUGACCUCACAGCACAGAAACAUGAUGUUGUUAGGAAAUUAAUGUACCAAAAUACACAGCCAGCUACACACUUUCACUGACACACAGUGACACUCGCAGUGUAACAAAGUGCAAUACUUUGUGUGUCAAGUCAAAGAAUGUUAAGACGCGCUGAUUUCAGGAGACUCCGUGUACGUUAAUAGUCGGUGCAGGUCUAAACAUGUGUCCAGGGGGCAGCGAUGAAGAUCUGCACGCACUUUUCCAUGUAGUGUUACUCAGGGAGAUAGCUGGGCUCUCUGUCCUACGGUGUCUGCAGUCAGUCUAGCUCGUAAGACACCUCACACCAACAUAAAAGACCUUAAAACCUUGAUCACUGUGUACAGUACAUGUUCUUGUGAAUGUCUGAUUACAGAAGUAUCAAAGAUUUCCCCCCUGUCUAUCACUAUUAAGACUUUUCUCACGUUGGAGUAAUAGAUGAAAUAGGAUGUAUGGAAAAAAAAGAAAAAACAAACAUAAAAUUGGAUUAUAAUCUCUGAAUCUUGUGUUGGUUUUGUUGUGAUGUUUAUGUUUCCUAAUUGUAUCCUUACGUGUACUGUUUGUUUUGUUUUCCCUCAUCGUUUUUGUGUCAUUUUCUUGGAGAGAUGUUUUUUUUUGUUUUUUUAAGAGCGUUUUUGAAGAUGUCUCUCUAAAAGUUUCUCUUUUGUCAUGAUCCUUCUGUUUAUAAUAUUUUCACUUUAUUUUAAGAUUGUUAUUAUUAAAUCGAUAUAGAUUUUAAUAAGAAAUAAUUUAUGAUAUGUCAUGGAUAUAAAGCUUGAGAGGUUUUAACACAGUCAGGUGUUAUUGCACAAUGGUGAUACAAUAUGUGGAUUUAAGAAUGUAAUAAAAGUCCUUUUACAAUUA